AUGGGCAUCGUGAAAUUUGACGAUACAUCCAGUGCAGAGAAUCCAUUACCCAACCAUGGAGAUAUGGGGAUAAAUGCGAUAAUUGAGAGUUCGGGGAAAGAAAUUAAGGUGAAUAUUGCAGAAGUGAACACCUCGCUGAAAGAAUUCCAUGAUCAAGAAGAUCACAAGAUUCAGAAAUACAGCGAAUUCAGGGUUUUAUUACAAGGAUUGAUGGAUAAUAAGGAGCUGGAAUUCUUUGAAUAUGUUGGGAGCCCAGAAGAAACAAAUGUGUGUGCCUCCGAAGAGAGGUCGAUGAAGGACGUUUACAAAGUCAACCACCCAGUGGUUAUCAUAUCGCGUCCGAGAAUAAAUGAAGUUGGGGCACAAGUUGCACCAAAGGUCGUAAUCCAGAAGCUCGUUGCUUUCCCUUAUAAAGAUAGCAAAAGGGUGCCGUGGAACUAUAGCUGCAAUGUGACAAUCCCGGGAGAGGAGAUCCCGAUUAAUGCAUCAGAGGAAGGUCAAGAUGAGGGUUUUUAUACGUGCAGUGGAAGGCGUUAUACCCCAAAUACAAAAGUCGAGCAGGUUAAAGGAAAAUCAUUAGCAAUUGAACAAGAGAAAGAGAAGCCGGCGGGACCUGAACCAACUGUUAAUGAGCCAGUGACUGAAAAAGAAGCAAAAGAAUUCUUAAAAUUCUUGAAGCACAGCGAAUAUAGUGUCAUAGAACAGUUGCACAAACAGCCAGCUCUCAACAAUAUAAGUGCCGACAACUUCAUUUUCUUUAACGACGAUAAAAUACCACCGAGAGGUAUGGGGUCCACAAAGGCUCUGUACAUUACCGCACGUUGCAAGGGAUUCACAUUGCCGGGGGUAUUGAUUGAUAAUGGAUCGGCACUAAAUGUCCUACCUCUAUCCAUAUUAAAUAAGUUGCUCGUGGAUAGUUCCCAUAAGAAAACAUGCCAAAAUGUGGUCAGGACGUUCAAUGGUACCGAAAAGAAAGUAAUAGGGAGGAUCGAAAUACCCCUUUUAAUUGGCCCUAGCACGUACGAGAUAGAUUUCUUGGUAAUGGACAUCAGGCCCUCUUACAAUUGCUUAUUGGGAAGGCCUUGGAUUCACUCAGCGGGGGCAGUGCCGUUAUCAUUACAUCAAAAGCUCAAAUUUAUAACGGAAGGACGAUUGGUGACCGUGAAUGCGGAAGAAGAUAUCAUUGCAUCCGUUACCAGCAAUGCACCAUAUGUAGGGACAGAUGAUGAAGCCAUAGAGUGUUCUUUUCGGUCAUUAGAAUUUGUAAAUGCGACCUUUGUUGUUGAAGGAAAUAAGAUCCCGACGCCCAGUAUCUCUAAAACUACAAGAAUGGGCCUACUAUUGACAGUUGGGAAAUGA